AUGUCGGAAGAACGCGUGAAAACGUCGGAAAGCAGCAAAGAGUCGAUCGAAUUGGUCGGAAAUCCGAAGGUAUGUUCCUUCAGCAUCGAGAGUCUACUAGCGCCGAGCAAGAAGGCUGUCGAAGAGGACACUCGCGUACCCAUUCAAGCCGAAACGUAUCUGCAUGGUCACGAAUCAAAUGAUUCGGACGGGCGGAAAUUGGUAGCGCCAGAUUCCUCCGUGUCCAUGACAGAGGAAAUCGAGUUCGACGAUGCCGAUAUGGUUUGUUCUACUUCCCCUGAACCAGAAAUGUGUUACGAGGCGUGUACUAGCAGCAGCAGUGCCAACUCCACGACAGGUGUGGAUAGAGAGGUUCAAGAAAAAAGUGACAGCGCCAUUAGCGAUGACGAAAGAAAGAAGAGGCCUCGUACAGCGUUCACCGCGGCGCAAAUUAAGUCAUUGGAAGCGGAAUUCGAGAGGAACAAAUACCUCAGCGUGGCAAAGAGGUUGCAGCUCAGCAAGACUCUGAAACUCACUGAGACUCAGAUUAAAAUUUGGUUCCAAAACAGGCGUACGAAGUGGAAAAGGAAAUACACAAAUGAUGUGGAACUCCUGGCGCAACAAUACUACUCCAGUUUAGGUAUUCCUGCACCCAGACCAAUCUUCGUCGAGGAUCGUCUUUGGUUUUUCAAUUACCCGACGCAAUUGCAACCAGGAGCACCGAUCUUUCCACAGCAUUUAACGACCGUCCCCUUACCAUCUGCCUUGCCGAUUGUGCAACCAUUGCCCAGUAAUUUGACGAUGGGUCAGCAAACAUCGAUUUUUCAAAAUAUUCCCACGAGCAAUCCGACAUAUCAUUUAAGCCAAAGAUUGGACUUUAGGCAUCAAGAUUCUUAG